AAAAGACACAUUUUGUUUUUAGGGAAAGUGGAACUGCAUGGAAAACAGCUAGAAAUUGAACAUUCAGUGCCUAAAAAGCAAAGGAGCCGCAAAAUUCAGAUCAGAAAUAUCCCGCCCCAGCUACGAUGGGAGGUUUUGGAUAGUUUGCUAGCUCAGUAUGGUACCGUAGAAAACUGUGAACAAGUGAACACAGACAGCGAGACGGCCGUCGUCAACGUCACCUAUUCAAACCGGGAGCAGACCAGACAAGCCAUCAUGAAACUGAACGGGCACCAGCUGGAAAACCAUGCACUGAAAGUCUCCUACAUCCCUGACGAGCAGUCGACGCAGGGGCCGGAGAACGGGCGGCGGGGAGGUUUCGGCACCCGGGGGGCCCCCCGGCAGGGCUCGCCCGUCGCUGCAGGGGCGCCCGUAAAGCAGCAGCCGGUGGACAUACCGCUCCGCCUCCUGGUGCCCACCCAGUACGUGGGGGCCAUCAUUGGCAAGGAGGGAGCUACUAUCCGCAACAUCACCAAGCAGACACAGUCCAAAAUUGACGUGCACAGGAAGGAGAAUGCAGGGGCAGCGGAGAAAGCCAUCAGCGUCCAUUCUACCCCCGAGGGCUGCUCGGCCGCCUGCAAGAUGAUCCUGGAGAUUAUGCAGAAGGAGGCAAAAGACACCAAGACGUAAGGCUUUCGGCUUUUUCGCUAUACGUCUCAUUCACCGGCCCCGGGGGGAGCACAGGCCGCGUCGGGGCGCUGACGUUCCCCCUCCCUGGGCUGGUUCCCCUCUGCCUCCAGUCUGCAGGACCUGACCCUCUACAACCCCGAGAGGACCAUCACGGUGAAGGGCUCCAUCGAGAACUGCUGCCGCGCCGAGCAGGAGAUCAUGAAGAAAGUGCGGGAAGCGUACGAGAACGACGUGGCGGCCAUGAGCCUACAGUCUCACCUGAUCCCCGGCCUGAACUUGGCUGCGGUCGGGCUCUUCCCGGCUUCCUCCAACGCGGUGCCGCCGCCGCCCAGCAGCGUCUCGGGGGCAGCGCCGUACAACUCUUUCAUGGUAGGUCGCUGCCAGCGGCUGGGCCCGAUGGGUUUAGCCGGCCGCGCCCUCGGGCUGGUUCUGCGUAAUGCCGCGGGAAGGGUCGACUCACAAGAGCAGGCGGCGGACGCUUGCUGCCCCCUGCCUCUGUCCUCCAGCUGCCUUUCCUCUCCCUUUCAGAUCGCGCCUCCCGAGACCCCGGAUUCCAAAGUGCGCAUGGUUAUCAUCACCGGGCCGCCGGAAGCCCAGUUCAAGGCACAAGGACGCAUUUACGGCAAACUCAAGGAGGAAAACUUUUUUGGGCCGAAGGAAGAAGUAAAGCUGGAGACGCACAUCCGGGUCCCGGCCUCGGCCGCCGGGAGAGUAAUCGGCAAAGGAGGCAAAACUGUCAACGAACUGCAGAACCUGACGGCCGCCGAGGUGGUGGUGCCGCGGGACCAGACGCCCGAUGAGAACGAGCAAGUCAUUGUAAAAAUCAUUGGACACUUCUACGCCAGCCAGAUGGCGCAGCGCAAGAUCCGCGAUAUCCUGGCGCAGGUGAAACAGCAGCACCAGAAGGGACAGGGCGGCCAGACGCAAGCGCGAAGGAAAUAAGAGGCGCCCGCGUGCGACGGCCGUGACACAUAGUGGAAACCGAAUGAGUCGAUGCCGGGCUUAAGAGUGACUGGGAAUCAGUUACCGUAGACAGAUGUGCAACUUCCCCUUCCCGGGUUGAGAUUAAAAGGCAGUUUGAUUGGCUCCCCCCCAAAUCGAUCCAUUAGCUCAAUACGCCGCCAAGCCUGCUUAAAUGAAGCGACCCAGGCUGGGGGGGGUACCACCCCCAAUCCGCCCCCCUCCCCUGCUGCUGUGAUUGGCCAUUGCCUAGCAACGGCGCUUCCCCCAUUCCGUGCUGCAGUGAAUCCAGUGCGCAGUCAUCGUGCUU